AUGGGAGACCGCGACUCUGGCACACCGACCUGGAAGUUCACACAGUGCUUCGGUGACAAAGGGGAUGUAGAGGAUAUCACAGAAGCUGAUAUUAUCUCGACCGUCGAGUUUGAUCACACUGGUAAUUACCUGGCUACGGGAGACAAGGGCGGACGCGUGGUUCUGUUCGAGCGAAACGAAACGAAAAAAACAUGCGAGUACAAGUUCCACACCGAGUUUCAAUCACAUGAACCGGAGUUCGAUUAUCUUAAGUCGUUAGAGAUCGAAGAGAAGAUCAACAAGAUCAAAUGGUGUCGUCGGCAGAACGCUUCACACUUUUUGCUCUCGACAAACGACAAGACUAUCAAGCUGUGGAAGGUGUUCGACAAGUCCCUCAAGGUGGUGGCGGAGAACAAUUUGUCGAAUGAGUUGACUCCAGCCGGUGCGGUGGGUGGCGGAGGCCUUCCGCGGGCGCCCCGGGGAACUUUCAAGAAUGCCGGAUCCCUCAAGAUGCCCCGCCUUACACACCACGACACUGUUGUGGCCGCCGUCCCCCGCAGAACCUACGCCAAUGCCCACGCCUAUCACAUCAACAGCAUCUCCGUCAACAGCGACGGGGAAACUUUCAUCAGCAGUGACGAUCUCCGCGUCAACCUGUGGAACCUCAAUAUCCAGGACCAGAGCUUCAACAUCGUCGAUAUCAAGCCCGCCAACAUGGAAGAACUCACCGAGGUGAUCACCGCUGCUGAAUUCCACCCAGUCAGCUGUAACUGGUUCAUGUAUGCCAGCUCCAAGGGUACGAUCAAGCUGGCGGAUAUGCGCCAGCGCGCUCUUUGCGAUCAGCAUGCGAAAUUGUUUGAGCAAGAAGAAGAUGCUUCAUCGCGCUCCUUCUUUUCAGAGAUCAUUUCCUCCAUCUCCGACGUUCGAUUCUCGCAUGAUGGGCGGUACAUUGUGUCUCGAGACUACCUCACAGUGAAGAUCUGGGAUGUCAAUAUGGAACGUCAGCCGGUGAAGACGAUUCCCAUUCAUGAGCACCUGCGCCCACGACUAUGCGAUACAUAUGAGAAUGACAGCAUCUUCGACAAGUUCGAAGUGGUAUUCUCUGGCGACGCCGAGAAUGUGAUGACGGGUAGCUACAACAAUAAUUUCAUGAUCUACCCUACCGAGGAGCAGAAGGAGACCGAGAUCGUGCUGCAGGCGGACAAAUCGGCCUUCAAGGCCAAGAAGGUUGGGGUACCAACUCCCAUGAACAAGAACGGGAAGAAGGCAGGCUCAAGAUCUGGCAGCCCUGCCGGGCCCGGAAGCCGAAUGAAGAAGGAAACCGACGCCGACCAAAUCGACUUCAACAAGAAGAUCUUGCACAUGAGCUGGCAUCCCUUUGAGGAUAGCAUUGCAAUUGCCGCCACCAACAACCUUUUCGUCUUCUCUGCUCUGUGA